UAAAGAGAGAUUAAUUCAAAGCGUAUAGAUUGGGUUAUUUGCAGUGGAAACAAGUCGAAGACGAGGCAUCAAAUUUAAUGUGGCUAGACGACAGACAGUGCAGCGUGGGUGAAAAUGACAGAGCCUACACUUAAGAUGGAAGUAAGGAUAUCAUAAGACUGAACCAACCAAGCAGCAUCAUGGGCGGGACUCAUUCCAGGUCUGAAGACCUGCGAAAGAGGGCGUUUCUGUCCUCCGGAAGCUACAUUGAUUCGCUUCAAGAGAUUCCAGGAUACUUCACCAGAACUCAACAGACGAUUGACUUCCUUGGGGAGGAUCUGUCAUCAGAGCCCCGUAUUGAGAUGUCCUACACCGGGCCCCCCUCUCACCUCCAGCAUUCAAGGGAUGUUCACCCCUUCCUGGACCGCUUUGGGCCCGACUUUCACCCACGGGAGAGGAUUGUGGAUCGCAGUCACAAUGCCGAUGCACCAUCCAGCAUGCUGCCCUCGACCGAGUCGGCCAGGGAGUUGCGUGAGAUUGAGGUACGAGAAACGAUGGCCAAUCUCAAGAUGCAGGUCAAGGAAACACUGGCCAAGAAACGAGACCAGUCAGUUGUGCAGUCACCAGAAGACCAGGCAGAUUCUGCACUGCCAACAGACGAGCAGAACACAUUGGAGUUUUUGGACUCCAUAAUCAAUGAGAGUAUGGAUAUAGACCUUGGCGAUGAUGUCGAUGAUAAUGAGCCAGAGAAGGAGUCAGACUCCGAGGCAAAUUGGAUUAUGAGAGAUAAAAGCAAGACGCCAUUGCCUGGGCUUAUGCACAGCACGGUACCAUCGGUUCCCGAUGACCACACUGUCAGCCCUAGGCAGUCAGACUCUAGGCCCGCUAGUGGCUUCUUCCGCAAUAGCAUGUACCUUCCAGACACCGAUCCGAUCCAUUCUGCAAGCAGUACCACUACCAAGCAGCCUCCACCGCCCACCAAACCAAAGCCAGCCAACCGACGCUCACGGAUUAUCUCAGCAGUGGAGGACCUUCCACCAAGGGAUUACCCCCAAGAUGAUCCUGUGUCGCCUUCACUACCACUCCAAUCAAAUGAUGCUCUGGACAUAAUGAGCAGCAAGGAGGGGCGCACAGGCAGCAAGAACAGCAGCAAUGCCAGCACAGAAGACAUGGGCAUCGUUGUGGACGACGUAGCGAGUGACGAGGGAAGCAGAAACGGUGACGCUAACAACCUGUACGACACCAAGUCGCGGGUGAGGGGCGUGCGUGCCCUAGUCAGCAUGUACAGCGAGGAGGCCACCUCCCCAACGGAAAAAGUUGAAAGAAUUGAUUUGUCGCCCAAUGUCUCCUUCGUUGGAAUGCAGUUGCCGGUGAGAGACUACGCGUUUUCUAACAACAACAACAGUAACACUGAGAAAUUCGGUGGAGACAAGGUGGACGUGACAGGGAAGGGCGAGAGGUUUGGAACAAUAUCCUCCGAGGAUUCAGCAUUAGGAGACAGUAACAGAGAUCCAGUGGAGGAUGCUGUGUUGGGAGUCAUACAUUCUGAGCUUGAAAAGCUCAGAAUAAAAUGAGAUUUUCACAUUCCAUUCAAAUAGCAUAAAGUAUUAUCAUAGUAUGUACAUGUUCAUUAUUUAUCCAUAAAGUCAGAAUUUUAUUUGAUAUACCAAAAGAUAUUCUUGUUGUUGGGUAGUUAUUUUCUGCUUAGAGCAUAAUCACAUGGAGUCACAUGCUGACUUAAGAUAAUAAAAACUGCCAUAUUAUCUCAUUUACAUACAUGUACUAAGUACAUGAACAACACAUCCCAAAAUACCUGCAACUUUUUUUGCAAGGCUGUAGCCUCGGUGCGGAAACACGUAUCGGCAUUAUUAGAGCUUGGAAUCUUAUGUUUAUCCCUGGCAAGUAUUGGUUUGAUAUUCAAAAGAGUUUUUAAAUUAUUCAUGUUCAAAUAAAGGCAUGUCAAAACAAACUAACCGAUUUCAAGGGAAAUCGAUGAUGCGCGGUACAUCAGAUGAUCAGAUGGACGAACUCUAGAUAUUCAACAAGCUGUUGAAAUAGCAACAACAAAAAUAGUUGAUUUAUAUUAAAACACAUUGCAUUUGAAACGAAGAACAACAAUGUGAAUGUAUUUAAGGUGUACAUUGUAGUCUACGUGGAUCAGAAAGAAUCGGAAACAAAGAAAGUAUAAGGCAACGAGAUUGUCACAUCAUGAAUUUGAUGAAGCAUUUCCAUG